AUGGCCUGCAAGUACUCGACACUCAUCGACUCCUCCCUGUAUGACAGGGAAGGUCUUUGCCCUGGAAUUGAUCUCAGGAGGCAUGUAGCCAGUGAGCUUGAAGAGGUUGGUGCUUUCAGGGCCCAAGAAGACUGGCGCCGCUUGGUUGGUCCCCUUCCAAAGCCUUAUGCGGGCCUCUUAGGUCCCGACUUUAGCUUCAUAACUGGCGCGGUGCCCGAGUGUCACCCAGAUAGAAUGGAGAUCAUCGCUUAUGCACUGGAGUUUGGUUUCAUUCAUGACGAUGUCAUCGAUACGGAUGUCAACGAUGCCUCAUUGGAUGAGGUGGGACAUGCCUUAAAUCAAAGUCAAACUGGCAAGAUCGAAGAUAGGGGCUCCGAUGGAAAGCGUCAAAUCGUCACUCAAAUCAUCCGCGAAAUGAUGGCAAUUGAUCCAGAGAGAGCGAUGAAUGUCGCUAAGAGCUGGGCCUCUGGCGUCCGACAUUCAAGCAGACGGAAGGAGGACACGAACUUUAAGACACUUGAGGAGCAUAUCCCCUACAGGGCCCUCGACGUCGGGUACAUGCUCUGGCACGGCCUCGUCACCUUUGGCUGCGCAAUUACAGUUCCCGACGAAGAGGAAGAAGAGGCAAAGAGGCUUAUCAUACCUGCGUUGAUCCAAGCGUCGCUGCUGAACGAUCUCUUCUCCUUCGAGAAGGAAAAGAACGACGCUAAUGUCCAGAACGCUGUCUUGAUUGUCAUGAAUGAGCAUGGGUGUAGCGAAGAAGAAGCAAGAGAUAUCCUCAAGAAGCGCAUCCGCCUUGAAUGUGCCAACUACGUCCGCAAUGUCAAAGAGACCAAUGCGCGGGCGGAUGUCAGUGAUGAGCUGAAGAGGUACAUCAAUAUCAUGCAGUAUACCCUUUCUGGCAACGCAGCCUGGAGUACGAAUUGCCCGCGGUACAACGGACCUACCAAGUUUAAUGAGUUGCAGUUGCUGAGAGGCGAGCACGGCCUGGCGAAAUACCCGUCAAGGUGGUCACAGGAGAACAGAACCAGCGGCCUCGUUGAGGGUGAUUGCCACGAAUCCAAGCCAAACGAGCUGAAGAGGAAGAGGAAUUGCGUCAAUUUACCGGACUUGAGUGAUAAGGUUAUUCUCCAACCAUACCGGUACCUUACCUCCCUCCCCUCCAAGGGUUUCCGAGACCAAGCCAUAGACUCUAUCAAUAGAUGGCUGAAGGUCCCCCCGAAGUCGGUGAAGAUGAUCAAAGACGUCGUCAAGAUGCUGCAUAGUGCAUCUCUCAUGCUCGAUGAUCUCGAAGACAACUCUCCACUACGUCGCGGCAAGCCCUCUACCCAUAGCAUCUACGGCAUGGCCCAGACAAUCAAUAGCGCAACGUACCAAUACAUCACAGCUACAGAUAUAACCGCCCAACUCCAGAACCCAGAAAACUUUCGUAUUUUCGUUGAAGAGUUACAGCAGCUGCACGUGGGGCAGAGCUAUGACCUCUACUGGACGCACAACACGCUCUGCCCAACCGUCGCUGACUAUUUGAAAAUGGUUGAUAUGAAGACGGGCGGUCUAUUUCGCAUGUUGACGCGGAUGAUAAUCGCCGAGAGUCCGGUCGUCGACAAGGUUUCUAACAGUGAUAUGAAUCUGUUCAGUUGCCUCAUUGGACGCUUCUUCCAGAUCCGCGACGACUAUCAAAAUCUCGCUUCAGCUGACUACGCAAAGGCGAAGGGGUUUGCCGAGGAUCUCGACGAAGGGAAGUAUUCCUUCACGCUGAUCCACUGCAUUCAGACUCUGGAGUCAGAGCCCGAGCUCGCGGGGGAGAUGAUGCAGUUGCGGGCGUUCCUUGUGAAGAGAAGGCAUGAAGGCAAGCUUAGCCAAGAGGCCAAGCGAGAGGUGUUGGCGACCAUGAAGAAAACGGAAAGCCUGCAGUACACACUCAGCGUUCUGCGGGAACUGCACGGUGAGUUGGAGAAGGAAGUUGAAAAUUUAGAGGCGAAGUUUGGCGAGGAGAACUUCACACUCAGAUUGAUGCUAGAGUUGCUGAAGGUGUAA